UUUACAGCUACUCAGGUUUUUGUAUUCCUUUUUCCGUCUUAGUGCCUAGAUUUGUACACACAUUGAGCAUAUCUAAAACAUUUCUUUGGACUGAAUGGCUCCCCUUUUUUUCUAUGACCUGUUUAGGAAGCCUACUUUUCCACUUUUUCUGAAUGCAUUGCUCUUCCUUACCGCACUUUACCUUUUUUCAAUCAAUUCUCCAUUAGCGUUAAGUUCAUUUAAAAUUGUGUGCAUCAUCUCUUUCUAUUAUCUUUGAUAAGGUCAAGUCAUUUCUCUCUCUUGUGCUCUCCAUUUUAGUCCCACCUCCCAGAGAGAUAGAGAGAGAGAGAGGGCUCACAGCUACCAUCUCCUCCUCCUCCUCCUCUUCCUCCUCUUGCACUCCCUCUCUCAGCUCCCGUCUCUUCCAGCACACGCUUACACUCCUUCCCUCUGAUGCCGACUGGAUGCAGACUGGGGGAUUUCCAGCAGCUUCCUGAGUCUGUCAUCCCUCUCCUCCCUCCCCUCCUCCUCCUCCUUCAGCAUCCGGAGCGUCUCCUCUUCUGCUUUCUCUUUUCUCCUGCUCCUCACCACCAGGAUGUGGCACUCUGUGGCUCUGCUCCUCUCUGGAUUCUCUGCUUUGAUCCACGUGUCGUUGCAGGGUCCUCACCAGAGGAACCUGUUGAAGAACCUCCUGAAGGACUACAACCGGAUGGAGCGGCCAGUGGGCAACGACUCCCACCCUCUCACCGUUGUCUUCUCCCUCAGUUUGAUACAGAUCAUGGACGUGGAUGAGAAGAACCAGGUGCUCACCACUAACAUAUGGCUACGGAUGAGUUGGUUUGACCACUAUCUCCAGUGGAACCAGAGUGAACAUCCCGGAGUCAAAAACCUCCGCUUCACCACAGAUCAGGUCUGGACACCAGACAUCCUGCUCUACAACAGUGCAGAUGACGACUUUGACUCCACCUUUAAGACGAAUGUUCUGGUGAACUCCAGUGGCUACGCCGAGUAUCUGCCUCCAGGAAUCUUUAUGAGCACAUGCAAUGUGGACGUUCGCUGGUUCCCUUUUGACAUCCAGAAGUGUGAGCUGAAGUUCGGUUCUUGGACGUAUGACGGCUGGCUGCUGGACCUCCAGAUGAACGAUGCUGACAUCUCAGGCUACAUGCCCAAUGGAGAGUGGGACUUAGUUGGAGUUCCUGGCACCAGAAACGAGGCCUUCUAUGAUUGUUGUAAGGAGCCUUACCCGGAUGUGACGUUUGUUGUGACAAUGCGGCGGCGGACCCUCUACUAUGCCCUCAACCUGCUCAUCCCCUGUGUGUUGCUGUCUUCGAUGACCCUGCUCAUCUUUGUGCUACCAGCUGAUUCGGGGGAGAAGAUCUCAUUGGGUAUCACCGUCUUGCUGUCUCUUACUGUUUUCAUGUUGCUGGUCGCAGAGAUCAUGCCAGCCACUUCUGACUCCGUCCCUCUUAUAGGUCAGUACUUUGCCAGUAUAAUGAUCAUCGUUGGGAUGUCAGUCAUCGCUACAGUGGUGGUUCUGCAGUAUCAUCACCAUGAUCCAAAUGGAGGAAACAUGCCCAAAUGGGUGCAGCUCGUCUUGCUGCAGUGGGUAGCGUGGUUCUUGCGUAUGAAGCGGCCAGGAGAGAAUGACGACCCAGAGCGGCCCCCGUGUGCCCCCCACUUGCGGCGCUGCUCCUCGGGCUCCCAGAGCGGGAGCAUCCCAAACCCUCCGGACCCCACCCUCCAUCUGCUGCACCCACAGAACCUGGCUCCUCUCCAAACAGGGCCCUUCCAUGCGGGUCACCCUCACCUCCACGCCCAGUCCAGUGCUAACAACAACGGGAACCUUCUUUACAUGGGCUUCCAGAGCAUGGAGGACCCUUCAAUGCUCUCAGAGCCUCUCCAGAGGAAUAACAUCUCCACAGGGCCUCCGCGAGUAGCAGGAAGCCCGCCUCCGCAUCUGCCAUCUCAGUUCUGCAGCUCCCCAACACCUCCUACACCCAAUAUGGAUACUGUAGGCUGCCCCAGCACUGUCUCCAGUGGUGGGGGCUUUGGAGGUGGACCCGGAGGGCUUGGAGGGUGCUCGGCUGCAGGGAUAGGAGACCCACAGCUACAGGCUAUCUUGGAGGAGGUGCGUUACAUGGCAGACCAUUUCCGGGAGCAGGACGAGGCCGAGAGCGUGGCCGAUCAGUGGAAAUUUGCAGGCGCUGUAAUCGACCGCCUGUGUCUGGUGGCGUUCAGCGUUUUCAACAUCAUAUGCACCAUCUCUAUCCUCAUGUCAGCUCCCAACUUUGUGGAGGCUAUUUCGAAGGACUUCGUUUGAAAACAAAGAGGAAAGAAGAGGGGGAGAAGCAUGAAGGAAAGAAUGAGGGGAAUUAAAUGUAAGAUGAAGGAUGGAGUGGGCCUGGAUCCAAAGAAACACAAUUUCCAGAAGACUGUAGGCUCUGUGAUUUGUGAUUGCGAGGAACUAGGAAAUAGAAAAAAACCCAAAUGGUUUUCUUUGCAAUACAUUCUGUUUUGUAACUGAAAUAUAAGAAGAAAACAGAUGAGGAAGGGGUACAGAGUGAACUUCAAAUGAGAUUAGGGUGAGCAGGGUGCUUUAUCAGAUACUUGACAAGGUGAAAUGGAUUCUUCUGGUUAAUUCAGACUUUACCCCAAAAUUAGGAGAAAGAUAAGCCAGAAAGGGGAAAAGAAAGAGAAGAUUAUCAGCCCAAUGCAACCUCAAGUAAGAAAGCUCUUAAAGCAAAGGAGAGAUUGAGAGAGUAAGAGGGGAAAAGAGACAGGUAUUAGAUAGAGACAGAUAAGUAAGACAUUUUGCUGUUUUAUUUUCACGAAGAGGGAAAACAGUCCUUCACUCCCACAUGUUGAGAAAAGACUGCAUCAUUUAAAGUGAUGUGAGGAGGAGAGGGCAGGGAGAAGAGAAGGAGACUUUUACAAGGACAGACAAGAAAGAGUGGUCGUGAAGAAACAAGACUUCAUCCCUCGUGACAUUGGCAGAGUUUGGCGGAGCUUGAUGCUCGGAUAAACAAAAGUGCAUCGAAGAUCAGGAACGCUGCAGCAGAGAGGAACAGAAGAGGAUCUCAUCUAUUAUUCAAUCACAUCCAUCUAAUGACCGUCAAAUUGAAAGACCUUGGAUAAUCUUUAAGACUAAUAAGCUUUGAAAAGAUGAAGUCCCCUCUCUGCUCGCAAACCACUUUAAAUUUCUAAGGCCUUAUCUCUUUCAGACGAUUGCCAAUCUGCAACAAUCAGCAGAGAUCAAAAGCUCCUCAGCAGCGGGCACAGUGUGUAGCGCUUAUCAGGACCGGGAAAACUGAAUUAACCGGUCAUCAACAACGCAGUGGCCAGUAGCUGCACCACAGUGGAGGCUUGAACCAAUAACUCAUGAAGCAGUUACCUAACUGCAUCUGGCAGGUCCUAAUAGACCAACGGAUCUUAUUGGAUUUCAUAUUAAAGGUUUAAAACCUGAAAUGGGAGGUCAGGUCUUUAAAAGAACACGAGAGGCACAAAAAAAGAUCCUUCAAAAUCUCAAAAUUUAUAUGGAGAAGCAACAUCCCAUCAAGUUUCUGUCAGAUCCCUUCAGGGGUUUACAAUGUCAUGAGUGAUUUCACAUCUAUCUAAAAUGAGAGAUGGGAUUUUAAUAGAGCUGUAUUUUCAUGAAAUUGACUGCAGUUAAUAAAGUGGUGAUUUAAGAAGUUUAAAUUUAAAGUACGACUUUCAGUCAGAGCACCGGUAGAAAAUGUAACCAAUAAACAAAUUACGUCAAUUGUUGGGUUUUAGGGAAUUGAACUUUUUUUUUUCUACUUACUGAGAGUCAGACAACCAUAAAUGACUUUUUUUGUGUCUCUGCUAGCAGUUUGAAUGUAUGCUGAAUGCAAUGUUAACCUAGCUUAGCUCAAUUCAUGGACGUCAAUGGGUUCAAAUGUUAGUACAAGUUGGAUUACGCAUAAGCAAUCAAAAUUAAUAGAGAAAUAAAAUUAUAUCAAACUUUCAAUCUACUUCUUUUGAACUUACUAUGGCUGUGUCCAAAAUCAUUCCCAUUUUAUUAUAUAGUGCAGAGCUUCUGAAUUCUGUGUGAAAUGUAUGCACUAUAUAGUGCAAUCAAAACUUCACACAGUGGAAUGUGCACAACAUGUAAUAUUUCUGCAAUAUGUCAUGUGAAAGUUACCAUUCUAUGACACUACACCUUUCAGUGAUGACGCAAAAUGACGAUGAUUCAUUAGUGUUUGAAAUCUCUGUUUACUGCUCACCAUAGAGUAAACUAUUGAGUGUCUGUUAUAAAGGGAAUAGUGAAAGAGUUAAUGAGGGAGUGAUUUUGGACACAGCCCAAGAUUAUAAGAGAAGGAUGAGUCAUUCAAAACAGCUAGAAGCAACAGAAAUCCAGUUGCAAGUGAACCUUUAACAACUCUUUACAGUUCAGCACAGGUAAUUGCUGAGUCUACCAGUGCUUCACUGUGACAAGAUAGUGUCACAUUCUCUUCAAAUAUUAGUUUCCAUGUGGAUGCAGCUAUGACGCACAGCCACUGAUAAUAAAUAUAGAAAUGUCAGGAAAAAUAGUUCCAGCUGUAGGAUGUUUCUGUAUUUGUGAAAAGAGUAGUAGUAGUAUAAAUAGUAGUUUAUUGUGUCAUGCCUACAUAGCCCACAUAGUUCUUUUUGUCAGAAAAGGACAUAACUGGUGAAAACAAAUGUUUUAGUAUUAAACUGAUUCACUGGCUGAUACCUGUGAAUUGAGCAAAGUAAGUUAAGCUCACUAUUCAACCAUACAUUCAAACUGUAAGCAGAGACAUAAAGAAGUUAUCCCUUUAGAGGAUAAAGCUGGAGCUACUCUAUAUGUUUUAUACUGUCAACAAAUCCCAUGAAAAAACCUAAACCUACAAUUCGUUCAUGUCUGUCUCUGAAUACUUUCCUACACUGUCUGCAGCACACAGCCCCAUGCCCAUUUGUUCCUAAUGAAGACAUAAUCCUUAAAAACGGGUCACAAGUAUAUAGUUUCAUUUCAUAAAAAAAUAAAUUUCCUAAAACAGCUGGGCACUAAUUUUCAGCAAACAUUAGUCAAACAGAGUAAAUGGUGCAUUUGUUGAGGACUAUUUUCAGGUGCGGACUGAUACUCGUGAGCGAGUAUUUACAGCAGCAGGGUGGUGUACUUGGGAUUGAAUCUAAAUAAACUACAGUGCCCAUUUUUAUUGUAAUGAAGGAACAUUUCACCCAGUGCAACAGUGUGGCUCACUGAUGUGUUUUUAAUAGUUUUUGAAAAACAGUGGAGGUCUAUGGCACAGAGGAACAAGCUAUAUCAGGCUGAGGCUACAGACACUUGUUAGUAAGAUAAAUGUGUUGUUGGUUUUGGUAUUUUCAUGGGAUUUGAUAGUAAAAAUAUAGAAUAUUGGAGACUUCUCCUUUAAGAAAUGAACCCAUUAACAUUUGCUUUAACACAAAGAUCCAGUAGGACAAAUACAUGUACUACAUUCCUGACCUACACUGUCUCUAGUGGCCAAACACAUGAAUUCUCGUAGGAACGAUCCUCCCAUGUGAAGUGCUACAUAAAGAGACAGUUGUACAAAUACUUUAUCUCUAUACCUCUCUUCAUCUUCUGUUCUUCUUCCAGCACAUACUGACAACUAAACACUCACAUCUGUACAGAACAUUUCUCAUCCUGAAAAUAAAAAAAUCUCUCUUUUUUUUCUACCACC